AUGGCUCCAGAGACAAGCUCCCCCAAAAGUGGUUCAAAGGAAGGGGACAAACCUCCCACCCACAAAAGGCUGUUAUACGUCGACCAGAUUUUCAGCAGAAAGGACUAUCAAUGGCACUAUGUGAAGACUUCAAGGGCCAAGACAUCAACAAAUCGCUUCAGAAAAUAUGCCCUUGCCGUACGCCGUAUAAUUGACUCGUCAUUGGGCACGGUAAGCGCUACAGAAAUUGACGUCAAGUCACAAAAGCUUGCACAGAUUCUCGAAGAGAUCCUUGAGGGUGUCGGCAACCUGAACUUUCAUCUCACUCCGCCCCAACUCUCGCCAGAGCAGCUUUUCAUCGCAAGAGAAGGCUUGGAAACACGAUUAAAGGCAGAAAAGGCCGCAGAGCCUCCUGAUGAGACUCUCAUUGAUGACAUUGAUGCUGCGCUGGAACUCAUAGAGCAGGAAUACGGCUCCAAAAUAGCUGAUCUCUCCUCCCUGCUAGAGCAUGAGGAAAUCACCUUCCGGCUUCUAUGGGCUCUCUUCACGCCUGGCGUUGACGUCUUUUCUGACGACAACCUCCUACGCCAACCGCUGGUUUCCAAAUGCUACGCGACAAAGUACGGAGAAGACGACAACACGGAAUACUUUGAAAUAGAGAGUAAAAUCCUACAUCAUAACGGUGAGAGCUUUGGCUGGGGUUGGACCACUUUCAAGGUGCCCAGGUUUGAAGGGUCAAGAAAAAUCCACAGUCUUGAUGCGUUUCCUUUCGAGUUCCAUCCACAGCACGAAGAUGUCAGAGCUGUCGUAUUAGAACGUGGGAAAAAGUACGUGAAUCUGCUUGAAAAGCCCGUCUGUAAGCAAUACCAGGGUUUCGCAGUCAUUCAAGAGGAAAAGUUGGUUUCCAAGGUCCGCAAUCGAAUAUCUUCAGAUGGGCGCAUCAUGGUUGACCCUGCCGCUUUCUUGUCCCAGCGUCCGGGAGACGACCUGCUCCUGGGGCCGCGCGUCCGACAAGAAGUAACAGACAUCGAUUCCCUGGGAGAAGGGAGCUUGAUGUAUUGCCACUACCACAUUCUGGGGUUUGCUUUUACGACGAAGAGAUGGGCCUCGUUUGCAGUUUCGAAAAUCACAGACGUAAUCUGGAAAGAAGACGCGUUUGAUAAGGUGUUGCUCUCGGAGAAGAAGCGUGAGAUGAUCAAGCUGCUGGUCCAGUCCCACCAGGCAGAUGACGACGCAUUUGACGAUAUCAUCAAAGGAAAGGGCAAGGGGCUGGUCGGCCUUUUGACCGGUAGUCCUGGCGUUGGUAAAACUCUGACAGCAGAGGCCGUGGCGGAGACGUGCAGGAAGCCCCUGUAUGCUAUUUCAUCAGGAGAGCUAGGCACCAGCCCUGAAAAUGUGGAUGACCGCCUUGUCAUGGUCCUGGACAUGGCACGCAGGUGGAACUGCGUGCUUCUUCUCGAUGAAGCGGACAUUUUCCUUUACAAACGUGGUGAGGCGCAUGUGGAGAGGAAUGCGUUGGUUAGCAUUUUUCUCCGGAGGUUGGAGUACUUCCUUGGUAUUGUCAUUUUGACGACCAAUAGACGACAAGAUAUUGACGAUGCAUUCAAAAGUCGCAUCCACUUCAAGUUCCACUAUCCCCCGUUAGAUGCGGAAGGUAGAUUUAUGAUCUGGAAAAACAUGCUUUCCAUUAUCCCAGCACAAGAGACGUCUCAUUUGAGAGAUGAUGAAAUAAGAGACUUGGCAAGCAGGCCCAUCAAUGGUCGAGAGAUCAAAAACACUGUUUCAUGUGCUGCUUCUAUCGUUCGGUGGAGUCAAAAGCAGCUUACAAUCACCCUUAUCAAGGACGUCUUGGAGUUGUUGAUAGAUGAUGACCCUGAGUUAAACUAG